AUGCGCGUUGGCAGAGCGCCAAAAUUGGGCACACAUCCAUCGUUGAGAAGAGUUACCAUGGUUCUUUCUACCGGCUCUUCGUUGGAUUCAGAAACAUCUCACAGCACUCGACGAUCUCGACUGAAUAUGCCAAUGAUGUAUCAAUUGUAUGAAAGCCAAUACGAUGAUCUUCGAGGGACAGUGUAUGGUCCCGAUUCCCCAGAUUUUCAUCCAGUUCAAGCCUCAGAAAUUCUGCGUAAAUCACUACACGGAAUUCAAACUAAUGAUCAAAUGAUAAUUCAAACCAUUCUUCACCACAACAAUUUUCAACGUCAGAAGAUACUCAACGCUUAUGAGGACAUGUACAACAGGAAUUUGAUUGCUGAUUUGGAGGAGGAAACUGGAGGCUAUUUUCUAGAAAUGUGUCAGGCUUUAUUCAAACCAGCCCACAGCUAUGAUGCUCAGAAUCUAUGCCAUUCGCUUUCAAAUCGUUAUGGCGAUAGGUCGGUCGCAAUUGAGAUCGCAUGCACAAGAACACCAAGACAACUUCGCGUUAUUAAGGAGACAUAUCACACCGACUAUAAAAAAUCUCUUGAAAAAGAUAUACCAUAUAAGGUGGAAGGAGUCGUUGGAAGAAUGUUAGCUAUGCUUCUUUGCAAUAAUCGCGAAGAAUCUUUGGGAAAACGAGUCGAUGAAGAGCUAGUUGAGAAGCACGCGCUUAUUAUCGCAGCGGCAUCCAUCGAAGACAUUGCUAAGAAUGUACAACUGUUUGAAGAACUUUUUAUUGGGCAUUCAUGGAAGCAUAUUGGACUUGUGUUCGAUCGAGUUGACGAGCUGCGCAAGGAUUCUUUGGACAUCGAAACAAUUAUCAGGAAGAAUAAGAAUAUCCAUUCAGAAAUUCGCCGAAUUCUCUUAACAAUGGUUAGAGCGUCUCGUAAUACUCAGCUUUAUUUCGCGGAGCAAUUGCAUAACGCGUUGUCACUUGAUCGUCCAGAUCACGCAACAAUCAUAAGAAUUUGCGUCACUCGAAGUGAAAUUGAUCUAUAUGAUAUUUCGGAAGAAUAUAAGCGAAAAUACCAACGCUCAUUGGAGAAUGACUUAACGCAGACAUGCAGCGGUGAUUACAUGCGACUCGUCACCGCAUUGGUUAACGGCACAACCGGAAAUAACAACAUCUAUACUCCGACCCCUGAUUCCCUCUAA